UACGUAGUACUUAGCAGUAAGAAACAGUUUGAACUAUGGUUAAACCACGAUUUAUAUUAAAUAAACUAUGCAACCACAGUAACCUGGGCUGAUCUCUCUGACAUUGGCAAAUACUGCAACAGUAGUAUUCCCAAAUUUUAAAAUCUUCCCCAAGCAACAAAAAAGCUGUAAUUUUUGGGUUUCUCUUUUCUCCUCCAAAGCUGGGUUCUCGUUUCAGAGUCACAUGCUCUCUUUUUCUUCUUUCGAAAAUUUUCUUGUUUGACGGGACAGAGAGGGAGCGAGUGUGUGAAUAUGGUGGGGCUUUAAAACCUAGAACUAGAAUAGAAACCCACAUUAUCUGCAAAAAAAAGCUUCUCUUUGACACAUUAAUCGGCCAAAUUAGUAGCAGCUUGCUUGCUUUUGCUUGUGUUGAAUUUGUAUCUGGGGAGGAGACAUUUCCUGACACUCUGCAGCAGAUUUCUAAGCAAAGGUCAUAAUAAAGCCCUCCCUUCCCCCCCCCGGCCCGGCGGUGCUCUGCUUUUCUGUUCUUUCUCUUCCUUCAUAAUUAUUGACCAUCUCUUCAAAAUCUUCAACUCUCUCUCUUUCUCUCUCUUUCUUUCUUGCCUCUGGCAUUUAAUUUCUUAAUUCAACAAAAAUUCGUCCCUAUCUGAUCUCCGAAGUUCUGCUCCGGUCUCCAGCAGUCAAAGGUAAUUGAAUCUGUGCCAUUCUCUUCUUCUUCCUCCCCCAUCUUCCCAACUGGGUCGGAUUUCUCUACCUGCAAUGUGGGCAACUCUCAAUUUGAUUCAUUUGGGUUCCUGGAAUUCGUGCUUAAGCGAACCGUUGUGCGGCCGUCUGGGUUCUCUUCCGGAACUGAAAUGGAUUGGGUUCCUGCUGUUUCUCCCGUCUUCUCAUUUUCUGGGGUUUCCUUUAUUUUCUACAGUUUCUCCGUGCAAGGGUAAUAGCUACUGUUCCAUUGUCAGAGGCUUGUUUGGUUAUAACAGUCUUAUGAGUUAGGUUUUCAUUAGGUGAGUAGUUAUUUCGAUUUUUCCAGUCCCCAAUCGAUUUUUUUGAUGAAAUGGGUUCUUUUACUGUUUGGUGGUAUAGGAAAAACCACUGUUUCUUACUUCCUUUGGUGGGUUUUGCUUUGCUUCUUCACGUGCUACUGAAGCUCGCUAUUUCUUCUUUCUACUUUCAUAGUUACCUAUAUCGACUCUACAAAUUCCUGUUUCUGAUAAUGCUGUUGUUGUUGGGAUUGGAUGGUUGUUGUUUGGAUUUGAAGCCAAGCUGGUAGAAUGUUAAGCCAAGCAAUCUUUCUUUUUUCAACACUUUUAUGUAUGAGUUUGCCGAGAAAUUCUUCUUCUUCCAUAGACUAGAGGCAUUUCCUCCCUUUUCUUUCAUCUUCUUGGUAUGAAAUUCCUGGGAUUGUGUGCUUCUGGUUCUGCUCCAAGCACAGAACCAUUCUAAACAACUCUAUACUUAUUGCAUUUGCAGAUAAAUCUAUUGGAUGAGAUAGUGGGUUGUCAGCUCCUCGGGUUUAAGAGAUGGAGAAGAGAAAAUGGUUGUGGAAGAAGAAACCCUCAGAAAGGGGUGGUGGAGAGACUGAGAGUUCAGGUUCAAUAUCAUCUCAUUCAGAGAGGUUUUCAGAUGACCAGGACGCACUGAAGGCAUCUCCUAAGGAUGACAGUCAAUCUCCUGAAGUCACCUCCAAAAUUGCAACUGGAGGUGAUGAAGAAGUGAAUGACAGUAUCAAAUGUUUGACAGAGAAGUUAUCAGCAGCACUAGUGAACGUGAGUCAGAAAGACGACUUGGUCAAACAACACUCGAAAGUUGCUGAAGAAGCUGUCGCUGGCUGGGAAAAGGCCGAGAACGAAUUAGUGGUUGUCAAGAAACAGCUUGAUGCAGCAACACAAACAAAAUCUCAGCUUGAAGAUCGAGUAAGCCAUCUUGACGGGGCGCUCAAGGAGUGCGUUAGGCAGCUAAGACAAGCACGUGAUGAACAGGAAGAGAAAAUACGCGAGGCAGUGGUAAGCAGAACUAAAGAAUGGGAAACAGAUAAAUCCGAGCUAGAGAAUCAGCUUUUUCAGUUGAAAACUGAAUUAAAGGCUGCUGCUGCUGCAAAGUCUGAGUCUCCAGCUCGAGUCGAUCCUGAUCUCUUUCAAAGACUUGAAUAUUUGGAGCAAGAGAAUGAAACACUGAGGCUUGAGCUUCUGUCUCAAUCUGAAGAACUAGAAGUUAGAACAAUUGAAAGGGAGUUGAGUACUCAAGCUGCUGAAAUGGCCAGCAAGCAACAUUUGGAGAGCAUAAAGAAGGUCGCCAAGCUUGAGGCUGAAUGCCGAAGACUGAAAGCCUUAGCUUCGAGAUCAUCCUCCUCACUUAAUGAUCAUCACAAAACAUCAGCUGCUUCCUCGGUGUAUCUCGAGUCUCUCACGGAUAGCCAUUCGGAUAGUGGGGAUAGGCUCAAUGGAUUGAUCUCUGAACUGGAUGAGUUCAAGAAUAAUAGGACUGCUGGUAACAGAAAUGUACCGGUGGUAGCACCAGCUGUUGAAAUCGAUCUCAUGGAUGAUUUCCUUGAGAUGGAAAGGCUAGCUGCAUUGCCUGAGAAUGAAAUGGAAAGUAGUAAUCACGUUGAAUCAGUUGUGAAACAGUCGACUGAUCAUGAAGAAAACUUGCUGAGAGAUGAGCUAGAGAUUGCCAUUCGCCAGGCAGCUGAAUUUGAAGGCAAGCUGAAUGAGCUGCAAGAAGUGAAAGAUGAACUGGAGCGAAGUUUGGAGAACACAAGAGCAGACAAAGCUGAAGUGGAAGAAACUCUGGAGAGAAUGAUCCAAGAGAAAGCUGCUUUUGAAGAAAGUCUGGAAAGGACGAUUCAAGAGAAAUUCCAAGCUGAAAGUAACUUGGCAGAAAUGGAGUCGGAAAAAGCAGAAAUGGAAACUGCUUUAACAACGAGUCGAUGUGAGAAUAAAGCAUUGCAAAGCCGGUUGAUGGAAGUCCAACUCAAGUUGGAGGAAGUCCAAAGCCAGCUAUCAUUGGCAAAAGAAUCGAAGCAAGAGAUCGAAUCUCAACUUGUGAAUUUGGAAGCAGAAUCCCGUACCUUGUCAGCACAGGUUUCCACCUUGGAAGCCGAGCUUGAGAAGGAAAGGGCUACGUCCGCAGAGUUCAGUAUCAAGUAUCAGUACCUGGAAGAAGAGAUUUCCAGGAAGAAAGAGGAGUUGGAGAUCCAGCAGCACUCAAUGAACAUGAACAGUGCACCAAAGAUAAAACAGGAGGACCUAGCUUUAGCAGCUGGGAAGCUUGCAGAUUGCCAGAAGACGAUAUUGUCCCUAGGGAAGCAACUCAAAUCUCUAGCAACACUCGAGGACUUCCUGAUCGAUGCCAGCAGCAUACCCGAAAUCACAGCGGUAGGAGCUUCAUCAUUGGCUGCUGCUCCUAGAGGUAGUAGUAGUAGUGAAGGUGGUGGAGUGCUAUGGAACUUGCAUUCGAACGAGACAUACUCUCCUAGAAUAGAUUUGAGUCCUGCAAGAGCUAUUGCUGUGGAGAUCAGUAAACACGAGCGCAACUCGCCACCGUCUUGUUCUUCUUCAUCGACUUCCUCUGCAGUCGUAGCCUCCAUGCACAGUAGCUCUGAUAAGAACCGAAAUGGGUUCGCCAAGUUUUUCUCGAGGAGCAAGAAUGGAAUUCAGCUUGAACUGUAGUGUGCUGGAAAAAACAGAGAGGUGUCCUGAGAUUUGAUUAUAUGUUUGGUUUGUAGAGAGUAGAGCUUGUAUACCCGGCCUUGCCUCAAUGCCAUAUGUUCUUUUUUUUUUGGUUAAAGAAGAAUUCCCCCAUUCUUGUGUUGUUGGCCUUUUGCCAUAUUCAUGUUCCUCAGUUUUUAUUUAUAGACUUAUAGUUGUUCCUGACAAUUUUAGACCCAAGAAUAGAUCUUGUACAAACUGCAGCAAAACGACGUCGUGUGUGCAAUCACAAGCAAAGCCAAAAUGGGGUGAGAGAGGCUCGAACUCUCGACCUCAGGAUUACUCUUAGCUAUGAGACCUACGCGCUAACCAACUGCGCCACCACCCCAUAUGUCUACUUCUAGUCAGAUAUUUUUAAUAAAGUCUCAUUCAUAACAUAGAUAUUUCUUCCACUCUUUGUCCUAAAAAGUCUGAUUCAUAACGUAGAUAUUUCUUCCACACCUCUAGCAUAGUCAUUUACUGCACACCAAGACAGCUUUUACUGUCCAUCGUGACUCAUUGUCACUGUUUCAAUUCGGAUAGAACUUGGGUGUGGGAGGGUGCACCGUGUUCUUUGGUUGGUUUCGGAUGGGCUGGUUUCAUCUGAAUUGCUGGUUGGAACUUGUGGUUGCUUUUCCAUUUUGGUUGCCCUUCCUCGCGUUGGCCACCUGUAGGCUUAACAGUCCCAGCUAACCCAUAAAGUAGUCUGAUGAUACCUUGACGAGACUAAGGGUGGUGAGAGAAAACAAAAGGGCGAGAGAAAUUGAAAAAGGAGAACCCUUACGAAGGCCACAAGUUUGUGAGAUGGUUUGAUGUGGCCGCUGACAGAGAGCCAGAGACUCUUGGAGUCGGCAAAGUAAUUACGUUUCCUUUCUCAUUCUGUUUUCUCCCCCACUUACUCUUUUCUUAUCCAUGACAAUUGUUUGAUGAUUUUGAGGUCGAUCUUGGGUUUCGUAGGUUGAUAAUGUGCCUGAGCAGAGCUUUGAGUCGUCGAAGUGGGUAGUUAGACUGGAAACAACAUCUUUUUCUACUCAAGCUGAAUCGGCGACGACCUCUGUAAAUAACCCCUGCUCUGUCUUCAAGCUCCGAAAUUCCCUUUUUCGGCGAAUUUAAUUGUUUUCACGCAGUCAGUUUCUCAUACAUCUUACAUGUUAUCAUCAAUGGUCACUCCGGAUCUCUAUAUCUAAUCUACUUCUACUUUGUAAGCUGAUGGCGAACUCAUUAAAUAACCUUUUUCCCCCCCUCUUUCUUCUCCCUUUUUAGAAACAAAAGGAUGGACUUUUUGCGUUCGUCUGCUGGAUGGUGAGAUAUACUGCUUUGGUUUCCUUAAUUCCUUCUCAUCGCUGGUGGCGGUCACUUUGAUGGAUGCUGAGAUUAGAUUGCCUGAUCAAUUUCAAAUUGUGGGCCAUUGAUAUCACGAUAAUCGCCGAUCUUCAAGACAUAUGUAGGCAAGGCAGGAUCAGCUCCGAGUUCUUUCGUCCUUCGAUUUUGAGUUUCUUUUUCAAUAUGCAUCUAUCCCUCUUCAAGUUAAACACAUCGCCUAUAAAUGGAGGUUUAAUUUCUAUUUACUUUUGCUGAUAUAAUCCGUCUUUGGUGUAUACAUGAGAGGCAUCACGAUGACCAGUAAUUUCUUCUCUAUUUGUGUUUCUCUGUAAUUGUGGUCGAUGGUUUUGUUGAUAAUCAUGGUUUGAUUACUCACUACUCUAUUUCUUCUUUUUCUUCUUGCAUAUCAUAUAUACUGUUUUGCUUAUAUAUCAUGGACCGUGGAUGAAGUGAGUGAGACGUGUUUGCCUUUGCUUUUAACAAUAUAGAUCGUUAAUUUGUCUCUUCUUGGUCAUGCUAAUACCUACCUAAUGAAAUUAUGCACAAGGAUGAUUCUUCGGGUUAAUUGCAUGGUUGGUCACUGGAAUUACAAAAAACGUUCAUAUUUAGU